AUGCUUUGUGGGAUAUUGAAUCCAAGGAACGUUACCGAACGAAAGAGGAAGCCCAAGUUCUCCAGGGAGGAAUUGGACAUUCUGGUCACUGAAGUGACAUGGAACGAAGCCAGGCUGUUUGGAAGGGAGACAAUACGUCUAUCCCAUAGAGAAAGGGAAAAGAUAUGGGAAGGUAUAGCCAGAAAGAUCACAUCGGUGAGUGAAGUCCCCAGGUCUGUGAAAGAUAUUAAGCACAGAUGGGAUGACAUGAAGAGAAGGACCAAAGACAAACUGGAGUUUAUGCAGAGGUCCCUCUCCAGUCCCAGCAGCCCAGGGAGGCCCUCGGCCAUUGUCCUGACCGCCCACGAGCGAGCCAUCGAGUCGACGCUACAUUUGUCACACCACAUACACGGCUUCCGGAGAGCGGAUCUGGACGUGGUUGACAGCCCAUCAACAAGCAGUGAUGAAGGUGAGGAAGUCCCAGGCCCUUCGUGUCAACAUGGAUUUUCAUCACUACAGAAGGGAACAGAAGAAACUGAUCAUCUCUCUAUACCAUCUUUCCUUAAUUCCUCAUCUCUAUUGGAUCACUCGGAUAUUAUUAGCCAAAGGCAAAAAUCAAAGCACCCAAAUUCAUGUUCCCCUUCCACCAGUGGGCCUUCUCAGCCACAUGCCCAAAGUCCACUUUUCUGUGGCUUCGGAGAUCAGCUGCUUGACACCCACCUGCAACAGACUGACCUACUCAGACAAUUUUGUCAAGAUUUGGUAGCAGUCCAUAGAGACAUGGCAAAUAGCAUGCUUGUAAUCAGCCAGAGAGUGCCUGAUUUGACUGGACAUGUUAUCCAGAUGUGCCAGACUUUGACUCAUAUCAAGAAUGAGCUUCAAAAUGUGAACAGUGGUCAAAUCUCUAACAGUAGGCAGGGGGCUAACCAGCUGACAGCAGCAUCAGAAAGCCCUUCUGAACUUAAGGUAGAGCUUAACCAAAGUUAUCCUAAGCAAACUCCUCUUGUUCUGACUACUAGGUCACAAAAGAGAAAGCACCAUUUCUAGCACUCUUGACAUUAAACCGAAGCAAUGUUAGCUGUUGUUGCAUUAAGAAAUGCAACUGUGUAUGAUUAUUGGGAAAUUUCGUCAGAGUUUAUUUAUUUAUUUAUUUAUUUAUUUAUUUACAGCAUUUAUAUUCCACCCUUCUCACCUCGAAGGGGACUCAGGGCGGAUCACAUUACACAUAUAGGCAAACAUUCAAUGCCUUUUAACGUAGAACAAAGACAGACAAACAUAGGCUCCAAGCGGGCCUCGAACCCAUUAUCUCCUGGUCAGAGUGAUUCAUUGCAGUGAUUCAUUGCAGCUGCUCUCCAGCCUGCACCGCAGCCCGAGCUCCCCUUAAGAGUUCCCCUUAAGAGUGAUAAAUUAUGGCACCUCAACAGUAGGCUUGGAAAUAUAUAGUGCCUAACGUGUAGAACAUGCCUUGGAAAUAAAUUAAUAAAAAUAAUGAAAUUUGAGGGCCACAAUACAAUACAAAACCUAGGUGCAUACAGACUGAUUUCCAUAGCCUUUAAUACUCAGGAAACAUUACUUAUAAUUUAUUGCACUUAAAAUAAUGGCGCAAUUCACAAAAUGUAUUUUUCUCACUGUCUUUGGCAGCUUCUCAUUCCAUUUACUGUCUUCCCACAACAGAGUCUCCUACUUCUAUCAGAUUUUAAACCUCUUUCCCAACAAUGUACAUCUCUCACAUUUUCCUUUAAAGUCCUUUCUCAAUAAUGCACAUUUUCCCCACUCGCUUUUUGCUGUCAGAUUAUAAAGCUCCUUUAAGGCACGUCUUUCCCAUUCUCUUUCUGCUUUCAGAUUUUAAACCUCUUUUCUUUUAAAAAGGAUUUUAAAAACUGUCUAGAGUCUUUGUAGUGGGAAAGUGGGAAAAUGGGUGAUGGGCUGGGUCUUUUGACUGGAAAGGUAUCUUUUUUUUUUUUUUUUUUGGCGGGGAGGGCUUAUGAUGUUUGCCAUUUUUUACUUUGCACUUUGGGAGACCCUAACCUUCUUGAAUAUGAAGGGCCAACUAUAUACCUAAAAUAUUUGUUAAAAAAUAAGCAAAUGGCCUCUUUCAAAGCUUCCAAACACUCAUCCAGCAUACUGAAUUUCAUAUAUAUAUAUAUAUAUAUAUAUAUGUGUGUGUGUGUGUGUGUGUGUGUGUGUGUGUGUGUGUGUGUUCCCAGUGGUAGAAAAAUUCCAGCCAUUUCAGGUAAUCUUAUAUUGUUGUAAUACAUGAAAAUGUGUUUAGAUAACGCUCCCUGAAAAUCAGUUGCAUUGAAAUUGUGUGUAAGCAACAUGUCUUCAAGAAGGACAUGUUGAUGUAAUUACAAUUUUUCAAAACAGUAUUAUUGCAGUAUAUCUACUGCUUAUAGCAUGCUGUACUGUAUCAAAAAUUGCCUGUGAGAAUUGUGGAAUGAGUUGUUUUUGCAAAAGCAGCUGAAGCAAUCUCUUAUACUGGUUUUGUAACACCAGUUUUGCCCUCCUGAUUUUUUCAGAUUUUUAUUUAUAUUGUAGGUUAUAUCAGAUACAAUUCUGUCUUUGUGAUAGCACAGAUUUGCUGGUUUUGAUUUUCUUUGCCAAUUUACUGUUUAAGAUAAUGACAAGCAAAUGGAAAUAAAAGUUUUCACUUAUCACCCCAAAGUGAUAUUUAAAAACUCAAAUACAUCUGCAGUGUAUCUCAGCAGGGCCUCUGUGGACAUUUUGAAUCAAAUAAGCAUUGCAUUUCUUUAAAGCAGGGGUCCUCAAACAUUUAAAGCAGAGGGCCGGUCCACAAUCCUUCGGACUGUGGAGGGGCCGAAUUAUCAUUUGGAAAAAACCGAACAAAUUCCUCUGCACACUGCACAUGUCUUAUUUGUAGUGCAAAACAACAACAAUGAAAGAACAAUAAAAUGUUUAAAAAUGAAAACAAUUGUAACCAACAUAAACCUAUCAGGAUUUCAAUGGGAAGUGUGGGCCUGCUUCUGGCCAAUGAGAUAGUCAAGUGAAUUAAGAUUGUUGUUGUUGUGUGCCUUCAAGUCAUUUCAGACUUUGGGCGAGUGUAAGUCUAAAAUUAUUUAUUUAUUCAUUUACUACAUUUAUUUAUUACAUUUAUAUCCCGCCCUUCUCACCCCAAAGGGGACUCAGAGAAGCUGUAUGUACAUACAAUAUAGUAUAUUAUUAGCAUAGCAUAAUAUUAGCAUUAUGUAUUACUAUAUUGAACUAUACCACUAUACUGUAAUAUUAUAUGUAAUAUAUAAUGUAUAAUUAAUAUUAUAUGGUAAUGUUAUUAGUAUUAUAUUGUAUAACAUUAUAAUAUUAUUAUCAAUAUUAUAUGUAUAUACAAUAUAUUAUAUUAUUAAAAUGAUAUAAAAAUAUUAUAUUAUAAAACUGAGGUCAAGGGCCAGGUAAAUGACCUUGGAGGGCCGCAUCCGGCCCCCGGGCCUUAGUUUGGGGACCCCUGCUUUAAAGUAUAGAAUAUUUGAUCUGCAUGUGAACCAUACCUGCAUCAUACCUGCAUCUCUUCUGCUACUACAUGUAAAGUAUAACUCACCACAAAAAUCAUAUACAAAAGAUAAUGCCCUUAAGGCACAAUUGCAGAAAAGCAUAUUCUUUAAAGCCCUGUUUGUAGCAAGCCAAAGAUAAACAUAGUGAGACUGUGACCAGACUGCCUUUACACACAUUAUCACAGAGGAAGCAUUUGACAACAAAGAGGAAUUCAUGUUACCUAAGAUAUAUAUAUCAAGAGUGCAUUUAAUCUCAUUAAGCAUUUGUAUAGAUUUUGAGCCAGGUACAGCGUGAGCUAAUUUCAAGUUAAUGUGAAGUAAAUAAUGCAGGUCUUAUCCUCUAGGCAUUCCACCUCCAAAGUAAAGCAAUUUAGACUGUUAGCUUCACAAAGCUUCAUUUUGCUUAUUAACUCUGAAAAGUAUCAUACGUUUUAAUGGUAUAUGGAUUGAAUAAACCGAGUGCCAUUAGUAACUCACCCCUGAUGUCUUGAGUUGCCCCACCAAUAUUUAUUUGCAUGUUAUACUUUUGUGGAGUGAGGUGGGUUAUAAAUUCUACAAUUUAUUUUUUUAUGUGGUAUAUGAAAUACUUUAUUUGUAUCAUCCCAAUAAGGAUGUUUCUUUUUAUGUGAUGCUUUAAAAAUCUGGUAUGUUUUAAGUGCCCUGAAUAAUUGCUGUGCUUGACCUGAUGUUAUUUAAAUAUGGUGGAAAUAUAUCUUUAUGGCUAUUUUUAUUAACAAUAAAUGUGUAAUGCCUACAUCUCA